AUGGUUGCAUUAUUCAGUAAUGUGAGGGUUUUGGUCAAGGCCAAAGAUCUACAAGGCAAGGUUGUUGUUUUAUUGUUUAUGUCACUAAUCAACGGUUUUGGCUCUGGGAAAAUAGUUAUAACAAACUUGUUGGAUAUAUACACUAAGUUACACCUCACAGGUGCUUUUGAGAUCGUCUUUGUUAUCGUUAGAGAUGCUGAUUUUUCUCAAUAUUUCAAACAAAUUCCCACUACUGCACAUAAACAUUUUCUACAAACAUUUCCCUCCAUGCCAUGGCCUGCCAUACCCUUGUCAGAUCGAAAAACCCGUAAACGCCUGGAAACUUUUUUUGCUAUCUCCGGGGAUGUGCGCACAAGCCCUCGCUCAAUCAUCAUUGACCCAACAGGCGUGGUUUUGCAUUGUGAUGCCACCCCUUUGUUUCUUAGGUAUGGAGCUGCUGCUUUUCCUUUUACCAGCGAUAGAAUACAAUUUCUUGAUUCUGAAGAUGAUGUAAUAAAAAAGCAGCCUCCUUCCGUGAAAGAACUCUUGGCUUCUUCAGAACGUGAUUUUCUCAUCAACAACAAAGGAGAGCAGGUACCUCUUCAUGAUCUUGACAAAAAGGUGGUAGGCUUAUAUUUUUCUCCAUGUCUGAAACUUCAAAACUUCACAAGGAAACUUAAGAUGAUUUAUGAAGAGUUAUCUGGUAAUAUGGAAAAUUUUGAGAUUGUGCUCAUUUAUGUGCAUGGUUGGUUUGAGGAUUAUUAUGGCCGCACAGGUGAAGCUUCAUUUUUGCAUGCAUUUCGGACCAUGCCUUGGUUGGCAGUUCCAUUUGAUGACACAAACUUUAUUAAGGGGUUGCAGAGGCUGUUCCAAUAUCCUCAAGAACUAGGGUCCAAGCCAGAUUAUAGGCUGAUGAUUAUUGGACCUCAUGGAAAUUUCAUGGAACCGUGGGGCGGGAACAUAUCGCUGCUGUACGGUGUUCCAGCAUAUCCCUUUAAUACAUGUAGUGCUGCCAAUUUAGAGCUUGAAAGGAUAAAGGAUUUGAAGCUAGAGAUGCUGUGA